ACAAAUCUAGAUAUAAAUAAACAGAAUCAUUGUUUUUAUACUAAACAAAUUAGCAGUAAUUGAAGUGAUAAUCAGUUAAUUAGUGACAACAAAACGAUGGAUAAACUGAAGAUCAGUGUAACGGAAAGGGAGAGAAACUUCUGCGAAGACGAGUCGCACGCCAUUAGCGACAAUCACAGGGAAGUGGUUUUGGUCAACGACUCGGACGACCAGAAGCCGUUGGAUAAGCCAAAACUCGGUGAACUCAUCGGCAAACUGGGCAAAGGUCUCAAAGUGGUUGAGUUGGGAGGUCUUAAACUGGAUAACGAGUCCAUCGGUCUGAUCGCCAACAGCGGGGCAGCCAUCGAGUGCUUCCGUAUCUAUGACUGCACCGGCGUUACCGACGAAUUGCUUAAAUUAAUUGGGCAAAGAUUUACAAAAUCGCUAAAACACGUGGAACUGUUGGGCUUCUCGAGUUCGUACACCAAUGAGGGACUAAAAGCGUUGAUUUUAUCCAUCGGUAAUUUAGAGGCCAUACACGUAGACCCGGCCAUCACUUUGUUGGCCCAGAUUCCCGGCACUGUUACCAAUUUGAAACACGUCUGGUCUAAGAUUGGAGGUGGUGAAAAGGAUUUACUAUCACAGUUUACGAUUAAAUACGCCCCAUAUUUACGCAAUUUGGACAUUACACUGUCGGGCACUCGAGCCGAGACACCAGACUAUGUGGAAAUAUUAGGAAAUUUAACCAAUCUAUUUAAGUUGUCUCUGACGGCUACCGGCGAAACGCCUAUCGACCAGAAACUGGGACUCAUUGGCGAAAAGUUUGGGCCCAAUUUCAAAGAGCUAAACGUAUGCGUUUGGUCGGGCGGUGACGCCCUGUUGGACGCGGUGGCAAAGUUCACAAACCUCGAGACACUGACCAUCAAUGGCCGGUCGCCGAUGAGACACAUCGACUUCAAGCUCAACACUAACCUCAAGCGCCUGUCGACGUGCAAGAAGUUGCGACACCUGAGGCUCAUACUCAAGAACCACAGCCCACAGCUCUACGACAAUGUGGAUCAGUAUUUGCCGGCAGUGGAGAUACUGGAGUUGGUUGGGAUGGACUUCGGCGACAGCGCCACCAAAAGUGUGGCCAAAUUGAAAAACGUUAGCUUUCUUGACAUCGCCUCUCCUCUGCUGUCAGACGCCGGUAAGCCGUGGUGUCAUCGCCAGCACCGGGCGAUUCCCCUCUCCCCUAAUGUCUGUGUGUUAUUGUAUAACAUGAAGACUAAUCCCUGUAUAAGACAUAUACAGUAUUUGCGGAGGAAUUGGUGUUUGUUUGAGAAAUUAGGAGUCGUUUCGCCAAAAUAG